CAUGAAUUCCUCACGUGAGGACUCCAUGAGUGCAGAAGACCUGAGGCAGCAGCUCUACCACACCUUCAAGGAGAGAGGACUGCUAGAUUCCUUAAAGAGUCAACUCAGGAACAAGCUGAUCACAGAGCUGAGGUCCAGCGGACGUUCAGAACGGGUUCCUAGGCCUGUCGAAAUUCCAGAGGGAGGGUCGCUGCUGCAUAGAGCAGCCAACAGCCUGGUAGCGGACCACCUUCAGAAGUGCAGCUAUGACUACACCCUGUCAGUCUUCCUUCCAGAGAGUGGGAUCUCACGGGAUCAGUUGCUGACCACAAGUGACUUUCUGCAACUCCUACGAGUUCAUCCUCAGUCAAAAGUGCACAAGUCAUUGAUAGGAAAGCUACCUGGUUCUUCCAAAGGUUUCCUGUGGCAGCUGUUAUGUGAGCUGACCUCUGCCCUGCCCCAGGGGUUAACCGAGGACAUCGGGUGCCAGACAGAUGCUACAACCCUACCUCCCAGUGCUUCACUCAAUGAUAAGCUGCGUUCAGUAGACGAACGGUUCUCGGUACAGCGGGACCAGCUGGCCGCCAGCAGCGCGCUGACCAUCGAGGACAGGAUGCUGUCCUUCCAGCGCAAGGUCGACGAGCGUGCAAGGUCACAGGUCAAGCAGGAGGUUGCCCACUUUAAGGAAACAGAGCUGGUUAGAAUGAAGUUGGAGGAGAAGGAGAAGACAAGAAGGGAGAUGGAUGCAAUGAGAAGAGAGUUGGAACAGGAGUACCGUACCAAGUCGGAUGCCCUGCUGGCUCGUGAGAGGAACGCAAUCGAAAGACUACAGAAGCAACAAGAGAUCCAAGACAAAGAGAUGCAUGCCCAGAGACAGGCCAUACUGGAGGAGCUGGAGACAGUACGCAAUAGGGAGGCACAGGCCAGAAGGGAAGCAGAAGUUAACGACAGAGCUGUGCAGAUUGAACAGGACAAGAUGAAGAGUCUGGAAGAGAACAUCCAUCGCAGAGAGGAGGCCGUCAGGAACAUCGAGGAAACAUAUGAGAAGAGACUGAACAAUGAGAUGAUGAAGUACAAACUUGAGGUCAAAGGUCAGUACGUGAAAAUACUUCAGGAAGAAGAAGAGAGAGAAGCCAGGAAUAGGGAGGAGGCAAGACAUCUUGCUGAGGAGAGGACUGCACAGACCAGGGUAAAGGAGGAACUGAGAGAGACUACAGCAGGUCUAAAACAAUUAGAGAGAGACUUGGAGGCAAAGGAUCGAGACAUGUCAUAUACUACCAAGCAGAACCAAGUUUUACAAGAAAGACUCAGAGAAAUGGGAGACCUCAGACAUAUCAAAGAAGAGGCUGCAUUACUACAAAGGGAACUGGACUCUGCCAACAGGAAGCUAGCAGAAAUGGGUAAUGACCACCAGCAAGAGAAGUCGAGUAAGUAAAAAUAAUUACUGAUACUACAGG